UCAGCAACAUGUAGGCAGGCUGAGUAAAGAGAGGUCGAGACUGUGUACGUACAAUUUCUUUUUACGUUUUUUUUUUUUACCUCAGAGAAACAUACCGGGUGGAAACGUCGUGGAAAUGGGCAGCUGUGGAAUGGAUAUACAAGUGACGAAGUGCCGCAGGGAGAACAGAGUGUCUGGAUCCUGAAAAACAGUCCUGCAUAAAGUGCUACCCACCCAAGUGACUCUCUGGCCGUGUCAUGGCGGCAAGACCUGCCCUUUCGUUCUUAUUGGCUGUGCUGGCGUGCACUGGGCCGGCCCAGCCCUCCCCCCCACUGCUGCUCCGCCCCCGGGAGAGAGAGAGGGACUCUGGAGGGGCUUCGGGCGGAGUCAACAUCGCUGUGGUCCACUCCGGCUCCUCCCACCUCCCGGAAACGAGCGCCGGGGUGGGGGGCGUGGGCGGCGCCUCUUCGGCGGGUUCCGGCUCCGGUGCCGGGCCAAGCAGCAGCAGCAACUCAGGGACGGGUUUUCUGAGUCGGGCCUGGUCGGGACAGGUGGGUGAGAGCGUGAUGACACCAUGGGGACCCGCGAACGUGAUCUGGCUGGCUGUGAACGAGAGCAGUCCUGGGAGCCUCUUGCUACAGUUGUGCGAGUUACUGGCUACCACUCCGCUACAAGGCCUUGUGUUUGAGGAAGAGAAGCCACCACCACCCAACCGGGCACCAUUGGCACCUAUGCUGGAAUUCGUCUCGGCCCAGACAGGAGUGCCUGUGAUUGCUGUUGGAGGAGGAGCUGGCUUGGGGAGGGAGCCACAGGAGAGCGGCUCCGUCUACUUGCAGUUCUUGUGCUCCACUGGCCUGCAGCUGGAGGUUAUUUUCGAAGUUCUGGAGGAGUUUGAUUGGACGGCUUUCUCUGUGGUUACCACACGCCACCACGGCUAUGAGGACUUCCUGGCCAUGGUAGAAGGCAUGAUAGAUGGCUCCUUCAUCGGCUGGGAGAGAAAGAGUGUGGUGAUGCUCAACCUGACUGAUGACCCAGGAGGGGCUCGUACACGCAGGCUGCUGAAAGAGAAUGAAGCGCAGUUGUUAUACUGUAGGAAUUGUUGGAGGAGUGCAGGUCACCAGUCAACAACCCUCAAGAGUAGUUUUAUCUCCCUGUCAGGAGCCUGUGGCUACAUGUCGACAAGUGGGAUAAGCAACCCAUAUCCAGCAAGAAAAACAACACCCCUGCACAUCAAAGUGCGACUGCUAUAUUGCUCACAGGAAGAGGCGGAGCAAAUUUUUAAGGCUGCAUGGGCAUCAGGGCAGGCUACUCCCUCACAUAUGUGGUUUGCGGUGGGCCCUGCUCUGUCUGGACUUGGUCUUGAGGGUCUACCCAAGGCUUUGUUUGCUGUGCGACCCCAGGGAUGGAGGGACGAGCCACGACGGCGAAUUGCAAAGGGUGUGUCAGUAUUGACGCACGGUGCUAUGGCUUUACGCAGAGAGUACGGCGGGGCUCGAGGGACAAGCUUUGCUGGGAACUGCAUGAUGGAUGGAAAUCAAACACAGAGGGUACCGGGUAGAAUCAGGUUCUUCAGUAACAUAACUCUAUCUGGACGGGACUAUUCCUUUAAUAAUGACGGUUAUCUGGCAAAUCCGCUCCUGGAUGUUAUCUCCUACACUGCAGGAAGAGGCUGGGAGGAGGUAGGUUGGUGGGAAAAUGGUGUGCUGCGUCUGCGUUACCCGCCCUGGUCCCGUUACGGCCCGUUCCUCAAACCUCUGGAUGACUCCCAGCACUUGCGUGUGGUUACUCUGGAGGAGAGGCCGUUCGUCAUCGUAGAGCCUGCUGAUCCUGGAACAGGCUCCUGCAUCAGAGACUCUGUGCCGUGCCGUCUGCCGCUCAACAACAGCAUGGUUGUUGAGGGCAUUCAAUCUAUGAAGCACUGCUGCAAAGGCUUCUGUAUUGAUGUUCUCAAGCGCCUGGCUAAAAUAGUGGGCUUCACCUAUGACCUCUAUCUGGUGACCAAUGGCAGGCAUGGAAAGAACAUAGACGGAGAGUGGAAUGGAAUGGUCGGGGAGGUGGUGUCCAAGCGGGCUGACAUGGCGAUUGGCUCCCUGACUAUUAAUGAAGAGAGGUCAGAGGUUGUGGAGUUCUCUGUUCCUUUUGUGGAGACUGGCAUCAGUGUCAUGGUCUCUCGCAGCAAUGGCACAGUGUCACCAUCUGCUUUCCUCGAGCCUUACAGCCCAGCUGUGUGGGUGAUGAUGUUCGUCAUGUGCCUGUCUGUGGUAGCUGUGACCGUCUUCAUAUUCGAGUUCUUCAGCCCUGUUGGAUAUAACCGAAGCUUACAGAGCGGGAAGAAGGCAGGAGGUUCAAAGUUCACCAUAGGGAAGUCUAUUUGGCUGCUGUGGGCUCUGGUGUUUAAUAACUCUGUUCCGGUGGAAAACCCUAGAGGCACCACCAGUAAGAUAAUGGUGCUGGUCUGGGCUUUCUUUGCUGUCAUCUUCCUGGCCAGCUACACUGCUAACCUGGCUGCUUUCAUGAUUCAAGAAGAGUACAUCGACACUGUGUCUGGCCUCAGUGAUAAGAAGUUUCAGCACCCCACAGAGCAGUAUCCUCCUUUACGCUUCGGCACUGUCCCAAACGGAAGUACGGAGGAGAAUAUACGGAGCAAUUACCCCAACAUGCAUCAGUACAUGGUGCGGAACAAUCAGAGAGGGGUGGAAGAGGCCAUCGACAACCUUAAGACUGGGAAACUGGAUGCAUUCAUAUAUGAUGCAGCUGUCCUGAACUACAUGGCUCGUAAGGAUGAGGGCUGCAAAGUAAUGACCAUCGGCUCUGGCAAAGUGUUCGCUACAACAGGGUAUGGCAUUGCCUUACACAAAAACUCCCGCUGGAAGCGGCCGCUAGACCUCGCCCUCCUGCAGCUAGUUGGAGAUGGUGAGAGAAUGAAAUACCUAGAUGAGAUUGACAUGCUUGAACGACUCUGGCUGUCUGGGAUCUGUCAUAAUGAUAAGAUUGAGGUGAUGAGUUCCAAACUGGAUAUAGACAAUAUGGCAGGAGUCUUCUAUAUGCUUCUGGUUGCCAUGGGCCUAAGUCUGCUGGUGUUUGCAUGGGAGCAUCUCGUCUAUUGGAAGCUCCGCCACUGUUUGGGCCGCUCUGGAGGACUGGACUUCCUACUGGCUUUCAGUCGGGGAAUGUACAGCUGCUGCAAUUUUGAAGAUGAAACAGCUCCUGGAGGUUCCCAAAGCACACUUCCUCAAUAUCAUCAUGUCUCCACAGUUCCUCCUCCUCCACCGCCUCAUGUGAUCUCUACAGCCGUGGCCAAUCCCCCCAUCGCUAUGGCACAACAGCAGCAGCAACAACAAAAGCAACACCACCAGCAGCCACCGGUAUACAAUGCUCUUCUUCCUGGCUCCCCUCCUUCAGUUGGACAUUCUGGAAUGGCCCUAGGCCCAUCAAACAGUCCCAUUCUUGGAGCACCCAUGCCUUGCUCUACAUUCCUACCACGGCAUGAUCGUCGAUUAGCUGUGGUGGAUCGGUGGACACGCCCAAAGGUUGGUCCUGAGAAGCCAUGUGGUGUGAGCAGUGGGAUAACAGACUUAACACAAUUCCAAGGCAUGCCCCCUCACUGGGGUGCAGGAAUAAGUGGAGGAGAGGGGGGUCUGGAUGAGUACAAGAGAUACUAUGGGCCAAUUGAUCCAGAAGGCUUAGGGGUCUCUACCGAACCUCAAAACAUAGGCACCCAAACUCCAAAAACGAAGCAUCGAGUGACGAAAUCCUCUGGAAACCCACGGUUAAUUCCUAAAGGUCAAGCCUCUGGACACUUACCAAUUAACCAUGCUUUGCCACAUCCCUCUCCACCUCAGCAAUCUAUAUGGAGGAGAAGCAGCUUCUCAAAAAGGAAGGGCUCAGGUGGGCCACUCUACGAAAACAUCCUUCCACUCGGAAGGAGAGGUGGUGGCAGAUAUGGAAUGAGGGAUGGCGGUGGGAGAAGAGCACGUCGUCCUCCUCCCCUUCCUCUGCCUAUACCCGUGCCCCUCUCUUCCCCAACACAGACUCCACCCUCACCUUCUCCAUCUGUAUGCUACACAUCGACUUCGUCCAGCAGCUCCAGCACCUCCAGUUCAUCCUCUUCUUCAGAAUCAAUCUCCCGAUCCAAUUCUCCUUCAUCUUCAUCAUCGUACACAUCAUCCCAGAGCUUUAGAUACCGAGCAGAUGCACGAGAUGUGUAUGAAGACUAUGACACAGAUGAGCUUACGGAGGAGUCGAGCUUGCUUUUGGGGAGGAGAAAAAGUCGUUCACGUAUGUCCUCUCGAUCCCUGCCCAGUAGUCCUCCACCACCACCUAUACCACCUCGCAAACCUUGUGGACAGAGGGCGCAGGUGAGAGACAGAGCAGGCAGCCAGAUUGCACAGCUUCAAGAGUGGUGGGCCUCUUGGGGGGAGAAAGAAAAGGGUAGAAGAGCAGCUGGAGAUAGAGAUGUUAAGGAGGAGAAACGACAUCAUAAAGAAAGGGAAAGAGAGAGAAAGAGGAGGAAGAAGGGUAGAAAGAAAAAGAAGAGAGAAGAGCGUGAAAGAGAAAGGGAGCGUAAAAGACGUAAGGUGAAAAAGAAAAAGAAAAAAGAGGAGAAAUCAAGAAGAAGGGAGAGGGAAAAACGAUCUGAACAAGAGGAGGUAGAUAUGGACAGGAAAGAUGUCUUUGAAAAAGGUAUAGGACAGGAAUACUCUUCCUAUCCUGCUCUGAGGAGAAGCUCUUUCCGAAAAAAGAGUGAAAGCUCUACAAGGAGUUAUGAGUGGGAUAUUAUCAGAGAUGGAGUUAAGAGAGACAGGGAUGAUCAAGGUGGAGAAGAUGAAGAAGGCAGUAGAGGAAAGGAAAGGCAUCAGAGAAGCCCAAAAUCACAACGCCACUCCAGGCCAAGGUCAAACAACAAGCAUUUUUCUAGCUCAAACAAACCUUCUUCAACCGUCAAAUUUUGGAGUAGUGGGAACCCAACUUCUGAUUCGCCAUCGUCUUUUGUACCCUUGCUUCCCAUAUCUAAAAGACGAAAGUCUGUAGGAGCUGAGAGAGACGAGCGAGGAAGAGGUGUAGAGACUCGGCCCCUUUUGGGAGAAAACAAGAGAGUUAAGCCUUGCUCGAGAGAAGGCCUGUCAUUUCACGAAUGGGAUUCCGAGGAAGAAGAAGAUGAGGAGUCUGAAGUGGAAAGAAGCAGGCCAGAAGAACAGGGGCGACGACGAGAAAGUAGAGGAAUGGACUCUGAAUCCGAAAGGGACAGAGAAAAAACUGUUGAGAUAUACACAGAUGAUGAGGGUUCCUCAGGAGAGUUUGGUAAGUUUGAGAGAUAUUGGGAGGGUCACGAAGGAAGGGCAGUUGGAGGCAUUGGAGGAGGAGGAUGGUUCUUUGGCACCUACCCUGCCAGAGAAAGAGGAGGCAGUAUAAACAGUAGAGAGGACUUUUUGGGGUGGGGUGGUGGAGAAAGUGGCCUGGGUUUCGUAGCAGGAACCGGAACAGGGUGGGUAUCAGGAGGCUUAGGUUCAAACCAGUGGCCUCCAACUCCAUUGACUCCACCACCUCCUCGAAGAUACUGGUCUGUUGAUAAAUUACCAGUGAAGACUGAAAAGAAAUCUAAAAUCAGGUCUCAAGAGAAGAGCCGAGCCCACGCAUCCUGUUCCUGCCAGUCACCCCAUCACUCUGCCAGCACUCACUCCAAAUGGAAUCGGGUGACUUCUAGGAGUCAGGAGGAGCUCCUCCCCCACUGCCACAGUUUCAGCAGCAGCGUAAGACCCAAACGGCAAUCAUCCAAACCGGAUCGGGCUCAGAGCCUGGCAAAAUCUGGAAGCCAGUCCAACCUCAGUGCACAAAGACCACAGCGCUCAGACCGGUCCCGACAACCACCGUCCCCUCCUCAGAGUCUACCGCCAUCUUUACCCCCUCCAAUGGUCCCUGCACUCCCAGCCCCACCCUCUUCCUCUCACCAUAUACAUGUACCUCCACCUACCUCCUCUUCAUCAGUUUCCUCCCCUUCGGUUGUCUCAUCUACUCCUGGUGCCCCACAGCCCUCCUCUUUGUCCUCCUCUAGUGCUAAGCUUCAGUACCAGAAACUGCGAUCGGUUCCCCAACCCCAACGGUAUCAAUCCCCACAUCUUCCCCUCAAAACCAAGAGCCUGUGCUCUCGUCGAGGCUCUGCCCACUUCUCCAGUGUGGAGAGCGAAGUCUGAGGAACAUUAUUAAAUGAGGAACAUCAGCAAGUAGCCCCUAGGGGCGAUCAAAUCACCUGCUCAUGCCGCAAACUGUUAACUGUUCAUAGCAGUCGAGUUGGGUUGUUUUCGCUGGCACCCAUCUCUUGCACAAAGCUCUAAUGCUCAGAGACAAAACUGGAUUGGGAUGUCAAAUAAAUUGUAGCCCUUUCUCUUUACUUGUGUAAGAAUGGAAUACUGCCAUGCUGACAAAUUUUGUCGACGUUAGCGAGACUGUUUGUAUGGGAUUGGCUUUGCUUUUCUUACUUCUUGGGGGCUUUAAGGUGAAGCUUCAAUAAUGUGGGUAAAUGUGAUUUUUCUUGGAGUGUUUUGGUGGUCGAUGGCUCAGGAACGAUUUUUCGAAGGGAGAUUCUGAGGUCAAAAUACAAAGCCCUAACGCCCCACACCCAUCUCUUUUUUUUCUCUCUCUCCUGCUCUCAGAGCUCUGAAUCACAAUGUAAUUGUUGUGUAUAUUUGUUCAAAAUAUCUCAAGGGAAGCAUUCACAAAGGAAAGUAGCAAACCGUUUUUCUUGACCUCCACCGUCCUCAAACUGACAUCUAGCAUUCUGUGUGUUGUUGUCAGUGUUUGUAUUUUCCUAGCAACAGGGUAAGUUAGCCAUGACUGAUCACAUAUUGGCUUACUGAAGCUGAAUGCCAAACUAAAAGUGGAGCUGAUGUACAGUCCUGUUCUUUUGAAACCAUUUCACAGGUCCUCAUGUUUCAUUCUCGUCCCUUGAGCAAUACAUAAUUAACUACAAACAACAUACAAUACAUAUAUUUUAUAUUUGAAAGUUAUUUUAUUAUAUAUAAUAUAUAUGUUUUGUGAUCUGGUUCAAAACAGUUGUGUUGAGUUAUUAAAAGAAUAUAAGCACUGUGCUGUAUUACUGUAGGGCACAUGCAAUGUUUCAACUACCUAUAAUCGGUGGCAGCCCUUCCCCUCUCGACUGAAUGUACAUGUUGCCAUGACAACACAGUGUGCUGCAACCAAGACACUUUUAAGAUCGUAGCAUUCUCGGGGGAGACCUUCUCGUCGGAGCCAGUUAGGGUAGCUUUGAACGCUGAUGUUGAGAGUGCCAGGAUGACAGGGCUAGCCAUACUGCAGUACUGUACUCACUAACCGAGAUGUCAGUGAGUGAUGAAAGACAUGUCAUCUUUCAGAGCACGAUAAGCGAAGGAGAGCACUGUUUACAGUUUAACACUGUGUUUUUACACCUUUUUUUACAAGCUGCUCUGCUCUGCCAUUUAUUAGCUUUGGACACAAUACUCAUACUUGCUUAGCAAGUUUGCUUAAGCUGUAUAAGUAGCAGCAACAAUAAACUGGUCAAAUGAGAGCAAAAUAGAGUUGCAGUUUUAUGCUUUUACUAGACACAUCUGUUAAGUAAAAAAGAAAAAAAGAAAAAGAAAGCCAGAUUAAAUUUUACUUUGAGAAACUGUGAGGAAAAGACUGAUUAGCAAACCAGUCAGGUAGAUCUUUUGUUUAAUUUAGCUUUUACCAUUAGCCAAAAGCUAGCAUCUUUAUAGUAAUCGCUAUAAUUGACUGUGAAUAUUGCUAAGGGCAAUGCGUGUUGGCAGCAGGUCUGAGUCAACUAUGUUUCAUUUUAUUUAUUUUGUUUAUACAGCAUUUAAAAUGUCGUUGUCUUUCAGAGUUUCUUUUGUUUCAAUGGAUUUUGUAAUUAUGUUGUCUUGACGAAGCUAUAGCAUACUAUAACAACAAAAAAGGAUGUUCAUGCUACAUCCAUCCAAUACUUCAGGCUGUUCUGACUAGUGUUGGGGGUAACGCAUUACUUUUAAAUGUACAAGAAAAUAUUACUUCAACCUUGCCUUGCUUUACUUCAAAUAAGUAACGCAAGGUACUUUGUUUCCCUAUUUAUUCACUGACACCUCUCCUGUCCUGAAAUUAGGAGUGAGGCACAGGACAGAGGCACUUCCUUCAGCCUGAGACUUAAUAGUUUCACUCUUGGUGCGAAAGGGCCUUUACAGUUGCCAAAAAUAUAACUAAUGGGUUUUCUGUUGUUAAAAAUAAAUAAGAAAUCCCAGCCCAGGUGACAAAAAGUAACUCUUAAUGUAUGCAUUACUUUCCAUAAAAAGUAACUAAAUAACGCAAUUAGUUACUUUUUAUGGAGUAAUGCAAGAUUGCAAUGCAUUAGUUUUAAAAGUAACUUUCCCCAACACUGGUUCUGACUUUGGUAUGUUUUGUUUUUCUGAUUAAUCAGGUUUGCAAUUUUUUUUUUUUCCUCCACCGAAUAUUCUAAAAAUUGACCAAAAAUUAAACAAGUAUAUCCUGUAUAUGUAUAGAUCUUUUAAGCAUUCAAACUGAAGUUUAUUUGAAACUUUCAAGCAGGGCUUUGUCAAGCCAGCGGCAAAGUUUGACUAAUUUCAAUAUGGUUUGAAGCAUUGUAUGUUGUUAUUUACAUAUGUAUGAAUUUAUAUAAGUGCAUAUUUGACACAGAACCAUGCACAGUCCAACAGGCUAGUUGUUUUUUUGUGUGCUUGUAACUGCAUCUGAGCCAUAUUAAGCUUAUUUGUUGUAUGCUGAGCUUUUUACAAGUAGUACUAAUUAAUUGGGGUAUAUUUUGUUGUCAGUGGGCUAAACAGUAAUGUCAAGAGACUUGGAGUACUAGAAACAUAAUGGGUGAUAAUUUUUAUUAUUAUUUUUUAAACACUGAUGAUUUCUGUUUGGUGAAAUCGGGAGAGCAGUUACACAAAUCUUGUCAAUUCUGACCAGAACCAUAACAAACUGCCUCACUGUCACAGAGUAAUUCUGAGUAAUUUGACAUUAACAUUUAGAAUAUUUGGCAGCUUAUGUAUGUAUAUCCUUUUGACUCCAACUUUGUUGUGUAAUACGUGUCUGGAUUACUUUAUAUAUAGAUGUACCUCAUAUAUGUGUUUGUGACGUUUAGAUAGCAAUAGAGAAAUAGCUGUUCAGCAAAGCAGUAUAGCUGAAGACAAGAGUAUUGUUUUCAAACAUUUCUCUCGCCAGUCUUGAUAAUUAAGAUGUUUCAUGUAUUAGCUGUGAAAAAUAAUUUGGAAUUCUCUUUCCAUUCCAUUGUGCACAUUAAAGUCAGUAGACCGCUAAGAUAAAACAUUUGGGCUGAAACAGCAAGGACCUUAAAAUAAUGUCUUUUUUUUUUUCGUUUUCAAAUGAUAAUAUCAGGCGUAUUGCACAAGUUUUAGUAGGAACCGCCGCCACCAAGAAUCUUAAAAUGGCCUUUCUCUAGACAUGUGUCUUGUUGUGUUGAUAGUGUCUUUGACAGUAAAUGUUUCGUUUGUUUGUUCGUUUAUUUGUUUAUUACUCUAAGAAUAAGUCUCUUAUCGAAGCAGCAGCUUAUAAAUAUAUACACAUAGAUAUAAAUUAUAUAUUUCAACAAAUAACAUGCAUAUAUAUAUAUAUAUAUAUAUGUAUAUAUAUAUAUAAUGUUUAUCAACUAAAUUUAUUAUCUUUGAAUUGGUCUUCUUUUGUCUCUUUGUCCUCUCUCGUCUCAUAACAGCUGACAUCAGAGACCAGUUUUCAACUGUGUUUUUAUGAAUAACAUGGCCGACCAUCGACUACGAUGAAUUUAUGUUGCGAAUAACCAACGCUGUGAUUGAGGUGUGUAUGUGUACGUUUUGGGAUGUGGUGAUGCACAGCUGUAGGCUCCACACUAGGAUCACCAUGAGCGUAGCAAACGGAUUUGACCUCGCUACGUCAAAACCUUUGCGGUCUCCACGUGUGUCACACAGGUCCGGCUUUGGAAACGGUGUGUGUGUGUGCGCGCUCUGUCUGUGCCAAGCUGCAGUGUGUUAUGCUGAAAACACAUUCAAACACAUGCGAUGCUGCUCUGUAAUACUUUGUGAUAAUGUAGCUGAGCAGAGCCAGUUAUGUUUUAUGCCACUCUGUGCCAGGACGGUAGUGCCCCCCCGGUACCACUGUGUUAGGUUCUUGUGCCAUACUCCUCUCAGUAGGGGAGCCUCACAGGGGGGGCCACUCGCUGAGCCGCUCGACCAUGGGAGACUAUACUAUGCUGUGCUGCGAGCAGAACAGAAUAAAAGACUUUUAAUACAAUGGCGUUUGGUCUGUUUUGUUGUUUUCAGCGUGUGUUCGACAGAGAAUGCUUGUGAUUGACAGCAAACGCAGUGAAUAAUUGUGUAAGUCUUUGUUUUCUAGGUUUCUGGGGAGAGAGAGGACAUGAAAAGAAAGAGUGAAAAGCCUUAUGAAACCACUGGUGAGGACACCUACGUUUUACCUUGAUUAAUGCAGAGAAUUCUAAAGAAGUUUUAAUAGAGUUGGGAGAGCCCUUUUAUAGUGCUGUAAAUCACACAUGAGAGCUCGUUAAUAUAUCAGAUGUUUCUUCUAGACAGGGCCAACACUUUUCAUCAAAUUCUUCAUACACAAAAUUGUCUGAGCUCUUUAACAACACUAUACAUACUUUAAUGUUUAGUGUUAUUUUAAUGUUUGUGUAUUAUAGUAUU